UGUGGGAGCCACCUUCCAGAGUGCCAGAGACCGAGAGGGGUAAGCCGGACCCCCGGCGGGGCGGCGGGAAAAGGCUCUGGCCCAGCCUUCAGCAGGGGUGCUGCACCUUUUCUGGGCCCCUGAGACCUGCCCGCACCACCGCCUCAGGCCUGAGGAAUGUUGGCUGCUCUCUGGGUGGGCACUGGUGCUCCUAAGCCAAGCCGGGAACACUGGCGAGCCCAGCCCCAGCCCAUCCCGGAGCCGUCGGAAGCUGCAAGCUGAUCUCUGUCCAGAUUUCCACGCAACCUCCGCCCCCUCAGAGAUCUGCUUUCCUGCUGGUGGGGCAGCUCACGGAGCACCUUUAAGCGUGCGAUCCUGUCAGCACCUGACAAGGACCCUGCUGCCUGGGCCACCGGACACGCUCCCCCCGGAGAUUCCCGGCCCUCUGGAGGGCCAAGGCAUGGCACCGUGACGCCCCACCUGAGGCCCCGCUCCCCACUUCUGUCCUGGACUUCUGAGCCUGGAGUCUAGCCCAGGGACCAGGAUGGGUCGUGAGCAGGACCUGAUUCUCGCCGUCAAGAAUGGAGAUGUGACUGGUGUGCAGAAACUGGUGGCUAAGGUCAAGGCGGCAAAGACAAAGCUCCUCGGCUCCACAAAGAGACUCAACGUCAACUACCAGGAUGCUGACGGCUUCUCUGCUCUCCACCAUGCUGCCUUGGGGGGCAGCCUGGAGCUCAUAGCUUUGCUGCUGGAGGCGCAGGCCACUGUAGACAUCAAGGACAGCAAUGGCAUGCGCCCGCUGCACUACGCCGCCUGGCAGGGCCGGCUGGAGCCCGUGAGGCUGCUGCUGCGGGCCUCUGCGGCCGUGAACGCCGCCUCGCUGGACGGGCAGAUCCCGCUGCACCUGGCCGCCCAGUACGGGCACUAUGAGGUGUCAGAAAUGCUCCUGCAGCAUCAGUCCAACCCCUGCCUGGUCAACAAGGCCAAGAAGACACCCCUGGACCUGGCCUGCGAGUUCGGGCGGCUCAAGGUGGCCCAGCUGCUACUGAACAGCCACCUGUGUGUGGCGCUGCUGGAGGGCGAGGCCAAGGACCCGUGUGACCCCAACUACACCACGCCCCUGCACUUGGCUGCCAAGAACGGCCACCGAGAGGUCAUCAGACAGCUCCUGAGGGCCGGGAUCGAGAUCAACCGCCAGACCAAGACGGGCACGGCGCUCCACGAGGCCGCGCUGUACGGCAAGACCGAGGUGGUGCGGCUGCUGCUGGAGGGCGGAGUGGACGUCAACAUUCGGAAUACCUAUAACCAGACGGCGCUGGACAUCGUCAAUCAGUUCACCACCUCCCAGGCCAGCCGGGAAAUCAAGCAGCUGCUGCGGGAGGCCUCGGGGAUCCUGAAGGUCCGAGCACUCAAGGAUUUCUGGAACCUCCAUGAUCCCACUGCCCUCAAUGUGCGGGCAGGCGACGUCAUCACGGUGUUAGAGCAGCAUCCUGAUGGCCGCUGGAAGGGACACAUUCACGAGAGCCAGAGGGGCACAGACCGGGUGGGCUACUUCCCCCCAGGCAUCGUUGAGGUGGUCAGCAAGCGGGUGGGCAUCCCCACGCCGCGCCUCCCCUCUGCACCAGGCCCCCUGCGCCCAGGCUUCUCCCGGACGCCGCAGCCCCCCGCUGAUGAUCCCCUGCACCCUCUUGCCUAUGGGCAGCUCCCACGGGGGGGCCUCAGCCCAGAUAGCCCAGCAGGUGACAGGAAUAGUGUGGGCAGCGAGGGCAGUGUGGGCAGCAUCCGCAGUGCCGGCAGUGGGCAGAGCUCUGAGGGCACCAACGGCCACGGCACCGGCCUCCUUAUUGAGAAUGCCCAGCCUCUGCCCUCGGCGGGAGACGACCCGGUGCUGCCGGGACUGCACCCCCCGCCCCUGGCAGACAGCUCGAGCCACCGCCCCCUGGCCAACUACCGCUCCGGGGAGCAGCCUUUCACCCAGGACGUGAGGCCAGAGCAGCUGCUGGAGGGGAAGGACGCUCAGGCCAUUCACAACUGGCUGAGCGAGUUCCAGCUGGAGGGCUACACCGCCCACUUCCUGCAGGCUGGUUACGAUGUGCCCACCAUCAGCCGCAUGACCCCUGAGGACCUGACAGCCAUCGGGGUGACCAAGCCGGGGCACAGGAAGAAGAUCGCCUCCGAGAUCGCGCAGCUCAGCAUUGCCGAGUGGCUGCCCAACUACAUCCCGGCGGACCUGCUGGAGUGGCUGUGUGCGCUGGGGCUGCCUCAGUACCACAAGCAGCUUGUGAGCGGUGGCUACGACUCCAUGGGGCUGGUGGCCGACCUCACCUGGGAGGAGCUGCAGGAGAUCGGCGUCAAUAAGCUGGGUCAUCAGAAGAAGCUUAUGCUAGGGGUGAAGAGGCUGGCAGAGCUUCGGCGAGGCCUGCUGCAGGGGGAGGCCCCCGGUGAAGGUGGCCGCCGGCUGGCCAGGGGCCCGGAACUGAUGGCCAUCGAGGGGCUGGAGAAUGGGGACGGUCCCCCUGUGGCUGGCCCACGACUCCUCACCUUCCAGGGCAGCGAGCUGAGCCCAGAACUGCAGGCGGCCAUGGCGGGGGGGGGCCCUGAGCCGCUCCCUCUGCCCCCUGCCCGAUCCCCCAGCCAGGAGAGCAUUGGCGCGCGCUCACGAGGGUCUGGGCACUCACAGGAACAGCCUGCUGCGCAGCCCAGUGGGGGGGACCCCAGCACCCCCCAGGAGAGGAAUCUUCCGGAAGGCACAGAGCGGCCCCCUAAGCUUUGCUCCCCACUUCCCAGCCAAGGGGCCCCCCCUUAUGUUUUUAUGUACCCCCAGGGCUCACCCUCCAGCUCAGCCCCAGGGCCCCCUCCUGGUGCACCCCGAGCCUUCUCCUACUUGGCUGGGUCCCCUGCUGCUCCUCCAGACCCGCCUCGGCCCAAGCGCCGGUCCCACAGCCUGAGCCGCCCUGGCCCAGCCGAGGGGGAAGCAGAGGGCGAGGCCGAAGGGCCGGCAGGCAGCGCCCUGGGCAGUUACGCCACCCUCACUCGGAGACCGGGACGCAGCGCCCUCGCCCGGACCAGCCCCAGCCCGACCCCAACCCGAGGGGCUCCGCGCAGCCAGUCCUUUGCCCUCCGGGCUCGACGCAAAGGGCCCCCACCCCCACCCCCCAAGCGCCUCAGCUCCGUCUCCGGCCCCACCCCAGAGCCUCCACCCCUGGAUGCCAGCCCUGGGCCCAGAGAGGGGGCUUCGGGGCCCAGAAGGCGAACACUGAGUGAGCCAGCCGGCCCGUCAGAGCCCCCAGGCCCAGCGGCCCCCACCGGCCCUGCGUCAGACACAGAGGAGGAGGAACCAGGGCCUGAGGGGACAGCCCCCUCUCGGGGCAGCUCAGGGGAGGGGCUGCCGUUUGCAGAGGAGGGGAACCUGACUAUCAAACAGCGGCCCAAGCCAGCGGGCCCCCCGCCCCGAGAGACGCCUGUGCCCGCCGGCCUCGACUUCAACCUCACAGAGUCCGACACCGUUAAGAGGAGGCCCAAGUGCCGGGAGAGGGAACCGCUGCAGACGGCACUUCUGGCCUUUGGAGUAGCCGGUGCUGCCCCUGGCCCCCCUGCUCCCCCCUCCUCCCAGGCCCUCAGCGAGCCCCCCUUGGCUCCCAGCCUGCCCCAGCCUGACCCCAGCGGGCCUCCAACUCCAAGAGCCCCAGCCCCCGUUGCCCCCAGCCCUUCGAGCCAAGCCCCGUUGCCCCCUUGUCCUGGGCCAGCUCCGGAAAACUCAGCAGGCAGCCGGCGGCAUGGGGACACCGAGGCCCCGGCUGCCCCCGCUGCCCUUGUCAAGGUGCCCGGAACAGGAACCGCCCCGAAGCCUGUGUCUGUGGCCUGCACCCAGCUGGCGUUUUCUGGCCCUAAGCUGGCUCCCCGGCUGGGCCCCCGCCCGGUGCCCCCUCCGAGGCCAGAGAGCACCGGGGCCGCAGGCUCUGGCCUGGCACAGCAGAGACUGGAGCAGACCAGCUCCUCCCUGGCAGCCGCUCUGAGAGCCGCAGAGAAGCGCAUCGGCACCGAGGAGCCAGAAGGCGCCCCAGGCACCUCGACCAAGCACAUCCUGGAUGACAUCAGCACCAUGUUCGACGCCCUUGCUGACCAGCUGGACGCCAUGCUGGACUGAGCAGUGCCCACGGUGCUGCAGCGUCCACUGCUUUGCCCAGCACAAAAGACAGCCCGGGCGCAGGCCAGGGGC